AUGUCUUCUUUCAACGUCGUUGUCUUUGGUGGUGACCACUGCGGUCCUGAGGUUACUGCCGAGGCUGUCAAGGUUCUCCGUGUCGUUGAGAAGGCCCGCGGCGUCACCUUCAACCUGCAGGACCACCUGCUCGGUGGUGCUUCCAUCGAUGCCACCGGCUCUCCCCUAACCGACGAGGCCCUUGACGCCGCCAAGAAGGCCGAUGCCGUUCUCCUGGGCGCCAUUGGAGGACCCAAAUGGGGCACAGGCUCCGUUCGCCCCGAGCAGGGUAUCCUGAAGCUGCGCAAGGAAAUGGGCACAUUCGGCAACCUGCGCCCAUGCAACUUCGCCGCGCCCUCGCUGGUCGAGAGCUCCCCCCUCAAGGCCGACAUCUGCCGUGGUGUCGACUUCAACAUCAUCCGUGAGCUGACUGGUGGUAUCUACUUCGGCGAGCGCAAGGAAGACGACGGCUCCGGAUACGCCAUGGACACUGAGCCCUACUCUCGGUCCGAGAUCGAGCGUGUUGUUCGCCUCGCUGCCAACCUCGCUCUGCAGCACAACCCUCCUCUCCCCGUUUGGAGCUUGGAUAAGGCUAAUGUCCUCGCGACUAGCCGUCUCUGGCGUAAGGUUGUUAAUGAGGUUAUGGAGAAGGAGUACCCUCAGGUUACCUUCGGUCACCACCUCAUUGACUCUGCUGCUAUGUUGAUGAUCAAGGAUCCCCGCAAGCUGAACGGUAUUAUUGUUACCAGCAACCUGUUCGGUGAUAUCAUUAGCGAUGAGGCUAGUGUCAUUCCUGGCUCCCUGGGUCUGCUGCCCAGUGCCAGUCUUAGCGGUAUUCCUGAUGGCAAGAGCCGUUGCAACGGUAUCUACGAGCCUAUCCACGGCUCUGCCCCCGAUAUUUCCGGCAAGGGUAUCGUCAACCCCGUCGCUGCCAUCCUCUCUAUUGCCAUGAUGAUGCAAUACUCCUUCAACAUGAUCGAUGUCGCUCGCAUUAUUGAGACUGCUGUCAGCAACGUCAUCGAGGCUGGUGUCCGCACUGGUGACAUUGGUGGUUCCGCCAAGACCACUGAGGUCGGUGAUGCCGUCGCUGCCGAGCUCGAGAAGCUGCUUAAGUAA